AGUGACAAGUUACCACCCAUUUUGCAAUGAGGAAGUCCAUUGACUUUUGACACAAAAUGGCUUCCUUUGCUUCACGUAAGAAGUUACACGCGUCAUUUUGAGGAAAAUUCCAUCAAAAACUUGUGUUUCCGGACAACCAGAAUGUACAACAGGGCGACAGGGACAUCUUCGGGGGCACAGGGGGCGGUUUCUGUCAACAUUCCGGCCGAAAAUGCGGACAAAACUCUUCCUGACGUAGUGCCGGAUAAGGGAUCUGCAUUAUGGAAUCGAGUUCAUUUGGGGACCGAUUCACUCUCAAUGGAAAACUUCCACCCUUUCAAGUCUCAGGCAGGACUUCUGACCAGAGCUGCCAGAGAAGUGGGCAGAGUGUUGGCAGAGAGGAGGGCCAGAAGGGUGAUGUUUAUAGCAGUGCUGAAUGUACUGUGUACCCUGGUGUUGUUUGUAUGGUGUAGGACCACAAGGAGCAUGGCCCUGCUGGCAUAUACUUACCUGACUGUGUUUGACAUUCUGUGCUUGGUCACAUGUUUGGUCAGCAUCUGGGUUUCCAUACAGAAGCCAACUCCUGCAUUUUCAUUUGGAUAUGAAAGAUUCGAGGUCCUUGCCGUAUUUACCAGCACAACAUUGGCUCAGCUGGCACAACUGUUUGUGGUGAAAGAAAGUAUUGAGAGGCUCCUACACCAUCAUGAUGUCCAUACUGGAAGACUGUUGGUCGGUACUGCUUUUGGCUUUGCAGUCCACUUUGUGUCAACCUACUUUGUCAGCAACAAGGCAUUCCAGCAUGUUUCAGAGGCCUCUAGCUCCAGCUGGCUACAGGAGCAUGUUGCAGACAUGAGCAGAAGUUUGUGCAGCGUUGUCCCCGGACUGAGCAGCUUGUUACUACCCCGGAUCAACCCUCUGCCUCUCAUCGCUGUGGCAGGCGCCCUGGCUCUCUUCAUCACAGACAUGCUCAUAGAGAUCAACAAUUACUUCCGAGCAGAUACAUUUGCAGCCAUCUCCAUAGCCAUCAUGACUAUCGGCACCAUGUUCCCCAUGUCUGUGUACAGUGGCAGGAUUCUUCUACAGACCACACCGUCUCACAUAAUAGGACAACUAGACAAGUGUCUGAGAGAGGCAUCAACUCUGGACGGGGUGUUGGAAUUCAGAAAUGAACAUUUCUGGACUGUCUCCUUUGGGACUUUGGCUGGCUCACUUCAUGUUAGGAUCAGAAGAGAUGCGAAUGAGCAGAUGGUGUUGGCCCAUGUCUCCAACCGUCUGUCCAACCUGGUGACCGUACUGACCAUCCACAUCUUCAAGGACGACUGGACGAGGGCCUCCCUGUCCGCCUCGAGCUAUGCCGCGUCCCGCCAGCCCUACACCAGCACGCCCGCCAAAACUGGACUGGACCCCGCCGUGCCCACCGUCAACCCUUUCCAGCCCCUCCCUCCCCUUCAUGCCCCUAACCUGUCCACCAUUACCCCCAUAGGUUCACCUACGGUACCUUCACUGCACCAGCCUGCAAGUAGGCUGUAUGGUAGUGGUACCACGGUACCCAGUCACGUGGCACUGGGGCCUGCAGGUAACCCUGGGGGUAGGAUACCUCUCAGGACAUACCAGCCUACUAACCUGUUUGGUGCAAGCGAUGGGAGUGGACAAAAAUCUACAACAGAAUUUGUACAUAGAUAAAAAGGCUUAGCAUACAUGUAUAGCUGUACAGUAGUGGUACCACGGUACCCAGUUACGUGGCACUGGGGCCUGCAGGUAACCCUGGAGGUAGGAUACCUCUCAGGGCCUACCAGCUUACUAACCUGUUUGGUGCAAGCGACGGGACUGGACAAAAAUCUACAACAGAAUUUGUACAUAGAUGAAAAGUUUCAGGAUACAUGUAUAGCUGUACAUUAGCGGCACCGUGACACCAAGUCACAUAGCACUAGGACCUAUUUCAGGACGUACCAGCCUACUACUAAUCUAUUUGGUGCUAGCGAUGGGACUGGAGAAUAAUCUACAACAGAAUUCGUACACAGAAUACGUGUAUAGCUGUACAGUAGCGGUAUCACUACGCUAUCACUGAUU